AUGAGUAACGAGACAGAAGAAAAGGUCGAUGCAGUCCUCAAGGAGAGCUUGACUCCUCCUGCAGCCGGCAGCAACAGCGGCGACUACAUCUUUGACGAGAUUGAGGAGAAGAAGCUGGUCCGCAAGGUGGACUGGAGGCUCCUACCCAUAUUAGGGGCUCUAUAUUCCAUCGCGCUAAUCGAUCGUACAAAUAUUUCCAAUGCCCGAGUCGCAGGCAUGGGACAGGACCUUCGUCUCGAUAUCGGGGACCGAUACACAAUUGUACUAGUAAUGUUCUUCCCCACGUACUUCCUCCUCGAACUACCUUCGAACAUCGUGCUGCGCAAAGUGGGAAGUGCGAACUGGCUGUCUUUUAUCGCAGUGUCUUGGGGCGCUGUGAUGAUUGGCCAAGCCUUCGUGAAGAGCUGGAUCUCACUUACUAUAUGCCGUGUGCUGCUGGGAGCUUUCGAGGCUGGCUUCUUCCCCGGUUGCGUUUAUCUCAUUACCUGUUGGUACCGCCGCUAUGAAACACAGAAAAGGUUGGGCUUGUUCUACCUCUUCUCAGUUGGUAUCGGUGGUCUGGCCAGUAUUCUGGCCUAUGGCUUGAUGCAGAUGGAAGGCCUUUCCGGAGUUCGUGGUUGGCAAUGGAUCUUCAUAAUUGAAGGAAUCAUUACAGUCAUCGUCGCCGUCGCAGCCUGGUUCAUCAUCCUGGAUUUCCCCGACAAGGCUGAGAAGAAGGGUUUCCUUACUUCUGCCGAAGCAGCCGUGAUCAUGCAACGCAUUGAAGACGACCGCGGCGACUCUGUCGAUGAUCCACUGACCUUGGCAAAAUUCUGGCUGCAUGUCAAAGAUAUCAAGUUGUGGGGAUACGCGACGCUCUUCAUGAGCACUACGAUGCCUGCAUACGCUUUCAGCUAUUUCCUCCCUGUUAUCCUGCUCGGCAUGGGUUACAGUGCGGGACAAGCCAACGCCCUCGCUGCCCCACCCAGUCUCGUUGCCAUGAUCGGAGCCUUUGCCUUUGCAUGGCUGGGUGAUAAGUACCGGGUUCGGGCUCCGGUCAUCGCAGCGCAAUCUAUCAUUACUAUCGUCGGACUCAUGAUUGUUGCUUACGCUGAAAACAACGGGGCCAGAUAUUUUGGCAUAUUCCUUGGCGUUUGCGGAUGCCAGGGUAACGUCCCUGCUAUCCUUGCCUACCAAAGCAACAACAUUCGCGGCCAGAGUAAGAGAUCGGUUGGUAGCGCGCUGCAGAUUGGAUUUGGAGCCAUUGGUGGCAUCAUUGCGUCGACAGUCUUCACACAAAAGGAAGCGCCCAGGUAUCUUACGGGACUUUGGGUUACUGCUGCUCUGCAAUUUUACAUUCUGGGUGUCCUAAUAUGCUUUACAGUGUAUUUCCGGAAGCAGAAUGCGGUGGUUGAGAAGCAGAUGGCGAACGGGGAGCCCCUAGCUGAGAGGGAAGGACAGGCGGGGUUCAAGUACACCCUCUAA